UGCACAAGCUAUACAGUUGUAUAAUCCUUUGGCUAAUCUUGUCCAUCCAGCUGAGCGUUAAGGCAAAGGUUGUCUUCAUUUGACUCAGUGAGCUAGGAUAGAGCGUAGUAUCCAAGGAACGGUUUACGAAACGGGACCAGCACCGACUCCAGUGUCCAGGACCUCGCAUUUCGGAUCAGUGCAGACACUCAGCACCAUGUUCACAGAGGUGCUGGUCGCUCUGGUGAUUGGGGGACUGAUCUUCUUCCUGGUUCAGAGGAGCAGGAGCCAGGUUCUGAAGACAGAGGAUGGCUGGUGGGGGGCUGGGGCACCUCCUGACGGUGAGGAGGACAUCACCAUCCGCCCCUUUAAAGUCACCACCAGUGAUGAAGAGCUGGAGGACCUCUACAGGAGGAUAGACCAGACUCGCCCCGUUCCCUCACUAGAGGACAGCCAGUUUAAUUAUGGCUUCAACUCCCACUACCUGCAGAAGGUGAUUUCUUACUGGAGAAAUGACUUUGACUGGAGGAGGCAAGUUGACAAAAUCAACCAAUACCCCCACUUCAAAACCAAAAUCGAAGGCAUUGAUGUCCACUACCUGCAUGUGAAGCCUAAGAAGGUGCCAGAGGGAGCUACUGCUCUUCCUCUGAUAAUGGUUCACGGCUGGCCCGGCUCCUUCUACGAGUUCUAUGGGUUGAUCCCUCUGCUGACAGAACCAUCAGACCCAGAUGACCUUGUGUUUGAGGUGGUGUGUCCCUCCAUUCCAGGGUACGGAUUUUCUGAAGCACCACAGAAGAAAGGUUUUGAUUCAGUUUGUGCAGCACGCGUCUUCCACAAACUGAUGAAGCGCCUGGGCUUCCAGCAGUUCUACGCUCAUGGAGGAGACUGGGGCUGGCUGGUCACCACCAACAUGGCUCAGCUGGAGCCCAAGACAGUCAAAGGCUUGCAUGUGAACUUUGCUCCGCCCUCUAAGCCAGGCCUGCCCAUAGUUUCAUCCAUCAUACUCGGCCGUCGCUUCCCUAAGCUGUUUGGCUUCACUGACAUGGAUAUUCAGCGUCUCUUCCCCAGCAUGGAGAAACUGGUGGUGGAGUCCAUCAAAGAGUCUGGCUACAUGCACAUCCAGGCCACCAAGCCUGACACUGUGGGCCGAGGCCUGAAUGAUUCCCCAGUGGGUCUGGCUGCCUACAUUCUGGAGAAGUUCUCCACGUGGACGAGUCGCGACUAUAGGAACCUGGAGGAUGGAGGACUCACCAGGAAGUUCUCUCUGGAUGACCUGCUGACUAAUGUGAUGAUCUAUUGGACGUCUGGCUGCAUCGUCUCCUCCAUGAGGUUCUACAAGGAAAACUUCAGCCAAGGCCUUGACCAGCCUCACUCUAAGAUACGGGUGUACGUCCCCACCGGCUUUGCCUGCUUCCCCAACGAGCUCAUGCACACCCCCAAACUGUGGGCCAAACAGAAAUACGGUAAACUCCUGACCUUCACGGCCAUGGCCCGCGGCGGCCACUUCGCUGCCAUGGAGGAGCCCCAGCUGAUGGCCGCAGACAUCCAGAACUUCACUAAGACUGUGGAGAAGAAGAAGAAGAAGAAGAAAGAGUAGGGAGUGGACUGAUGAACAGGUGAAUGAACUAGACGUACAGUACAAAGCAUUGAUUGGCAAAAAAGAAAGUGGAACAAGUGGUGAGCAGUGAGAAGACGUGUACACAUUGUGAUUCUGAGCACUGUGAGGUGGAAUCGAUCAUACAGGGGAUGCAGAAUUAUUAGGCAAGUUGUAUUUUUGAAGAUUAAUUUUAUUAUUGAACAACAAGUAUGUUCUCAAUCAACCCAAGAGACGCAUAAUGUCAAAGCUGAAUAUUUCUGGAAGUUGGAGUGGGGCUUUUUUAGUUUAGGCUAUCUUAGGAGGCUUAGUGUGUGUGCAGGUAACUUUUACUGUGCAGAAUUAAUAGGCAACUUAAUAAAAACCAAAUAUAUACCCAUUUCACUUAUUUAUUUUCACCAGGUAAACCAAUAUAACAACUGAAAAUAUACAAAUAAACAUUUCUGACAUUCAAAAAACAAAACAAAAUCAAUUCAGUGACCAAUAUAGCCACCUUUCUUUACGAGGACACUCAAAAGCCUUCCAUCCAUAGAUUCUGUCAAUUUCUUGAUCUGUUCAUGAUCAACAUUGCGCGCAGCUGCAACCACAGCCUCCCAGACACUGUUCAGAGAGGCGUACUGGUUUCCCUCCCUGUAAAUCUCACGUUUUAUGAGGGACCACAGGUUCUCUAUGGGGUUCAGAUCAGGUGAACAAGGGGGCCAUGUCAUUAAUUUUUCUUCUUUUAGACCUUUACUGGCCAGCCACGCUGCAGAGUUUUUGGAUGCAUGUGAUGGAGCAUUGUCCUGCAUGAAAAUCAUGGUCUUCUUGAAAGAUGCCGACUUCUUCCUGUACCACUGCUUGAAGAAGGUGUCUUCUGGCAGUAGGACUGGGAGUUGAGUUUGACUCCAUCCUCAACCCGAAAAGGUCCCACAAGCUCAUCUUUAAUGAUACCAGCCCAUACCAGUACCCCACCUCCACCUUGCUGGCGUCUGAGUCGGAGUGGAGUUCUCUGCCCUUUACUGAUCCAGCCACGGGCCCAUCCAUCUGGCCCAUCAAGACUCACUCUCAUUUCAUCAGACCAUAAAACCUUCGAAAAAUCAGUCUUAAGAUAUUUCUUGGCCCAGUCUUGACGUUUUAUCUUGUGUUUCUUGUUCAAUGGUGGUCGUUUUUCAGCCGUCCUUACCUUGGCCAUGUCCCUGAGUAUUGCACACCUUGUGCUUUUUGACGCUCCAGUAACGUUGCAGCUCUGAAAUAUGGCAAAACUGGUGGCAAAUGGCAUCUUUGCAGCUUCACACUUGAUUUUCCUCAAUUCACGGGCAGUUAUUUUGCGCCUUUUUCGUUCAAUGCGCUUCUUGCGACCCUGUUGGUUAUUUGCCAUGAAACGCUUGAUUGUUCUGUGAUCGCGCCUCAAAAGCUUGCUAAUUUCAAGACUGCUGCAUCCCUCUGCAAGACAUCUCACAAUUUUAGACUUUUCAGAGUCCGUCAAAUCUCUCUUCUGACCCAUUUUGCCAAAGGAAAGGAAGUUUCCUAAUAAUUAUGCACACCUGAUAUAGGGUGUUGAUGUCAUUAGACCACAGAAGCACAUCACCUGAUAUACUUAGUUGGAGUAGGACAGCAUGCAUAAAAAGGAUGGUGGUCAAAAUACUCAUCUGCCUAAUAAUUCUGCACACUGUGUAUAACAAAACCGUCAGUGAAAUUCCUAAUCAGACUUCAUGAAUGAGUCUUUAAAAUGUAUCAGUUUGAACAGUAAAUUUAUGGCUUCUGUUGUCAACACUUUGUGGCAAACUAUUCAACAACACACGUUUUUACAAGCAGGACGUGUUCACCACCCACGUCUAGUCGUAGCGUCUUCCAGAUUCACAGCUACACCUGUCAGUGCAGUUAACAGUCAGCAUCAUUUCCUCCUCCCUCCUGCCGCCUCGCUCAAAGCUCCUCUCAGCCUUGCAGUGCUGAACAGUUCACGAGGCAGCUGCAGAUGGGAGGUCAGGGGGCACUUGUUGUUAUUGUGUUGACAGCCUGCACAAGGUGCCAGACAUUCCUCUCACUGAUAGCCGGGCUGCCACGUUACCGCCUUCAACCUUUGAAUUAUGUUUCAUUUUGCUGGAUUUUCCCUUUCAGACUCGUCCACAACUCGUUUUUAGCAUUUAACAGCUUUGAUACAGUCAGAUUUCUUUAAUAUAUUGCACAGUUAACAACAGCACACUGCUGCUACAGCCUCAGUUGCCUUUGAUUUAUUUGCUGGUGUUCGUAAUAUUCAGCUGCCUCACAUUGGUUGACUUUGAUUUGCUGCAAAGGCUCAGAGCCCCCCUUACUUGUAUUGAUGAAAGCCUCCAUUCAGAGGAGGGUUUUCAUGUUCAGCACUUUGAUUUAUUGGAUCAAUUCAUCUUUAGGGGCAUGAUAGCCCAACAUGAGAGGAACAAUCCCGAAGAGUCGAGUUGUGCUCUUCAUGUUGACCUUGAAGAAGUUGAAUACAAUCUGUGAUGCUGUUUGACAAGCUGUGUCUGAAAAUGAUUUAUUUAAAUGAUGAAAUGGGUUUAGUUUUACUAAAAAGAUAAGAAUGAUUGUAAAUUUUAAUAAAGAUAAUGCAGUAAAAUGCCAGCUUUUUAAAACUAUGCAAUUUAAAGUGAAUCACAGUGUAUGCUACCAUUCCAUGAUGACCAGAAUGACAUGUGUCCCAGAUCAUGACGUCAUGCUCUAUUUUUGACCAAAUAAAAUAACAGCUG